UACUAACAGUCUCUGAGCUUGUUCACACACUUGGUGUGUCUCUGUCUCAUAUACACAGAUUAUACAUUACUUUAGAGGUCACAAAGUGGAGCAGAGUGGUCAUGAUGGAGAAUUCAUUGAAAGAAUAUUUCUAGCAUAUUGCAUACCCUUCUUUAAUCUGCCCAACGUUUGGCUUAGCUAGUAGAUCGACACAGUAGAUGAGCCACAAAAGUGCUCAUGGUAGGACAUUCCAAGUGUUGUAUGUCUUGAACUUGUCCCGUCAUGACACAGACUUAGUCAAAUUUGGGAGUAAAAUGUACCUUCAUGAAGUUGCUUCUAUGAAGAAAACUUUGUGUAGGAAUGACAGCUUGCAAGCAGCCAUCAGCGUGUACUGUUGCAUGAUAAAUAAUGUUGUCAUUCCUCGAGGACCUAAAGAAGGGAAAUGUGGCAUCUCCUCCACCUUUGGCAGCUCCACAGUUUGGUUCCACUUGCUUUUGCUUUCCCCAUCUUUUACUCUUCUCCUCCUUUAUAGUUGGUCUCUCCGGGGACCAUCAGAAAGUUGAAACGGAGAAGAGAGAGAGAGAGAGAAUGAGGGAGUUCAGCUACGAGGACAUCGAAGCUGCCACCAAAAGCUUCGCUUCCGAGCAGUUGAUCGGGAAGGGAAGCCAUGGAAGCGUCUACAGAGGCAGGCUUACCGAUGGACGGAUCGUGGCGGUGAAGAAGCCAUCACGACUUUUGAACGACGACAAACUCAGCAACGAGAUCGACAUGCUCGCCUCCGUCAAGAAUUCGGGCGUCGUCGAUCUUGUAGGCGUCAGCCGAGGCCCAACCGGCGGUCCGCUGCUCGUCAUGGAGUUCAUGCACCGCGGCUCCCUCCAUGACCUCCUCCACUCGUCUUCCAACCCCCCCGCGUGGCCUCGCCGCUUCGCCAUGGCACUCCAGCUCGCCCGCGCCGUCCUCUUCCUCCACGAGGCCGCGCCGGCGAUCAUCCACCGCGACAUCAAGUCCGCCAACGUGUUGCUGGACAACAGGUGGAACGCGAAGCUGGCCGACUUCAGCAUCGCGGUUCGAAGAGACGACCGCAUGCAGCCACUCGACUCACCGAUUCCGGCGGGCACCAUCGGUUACUUGGAUCCGUGCUACGACGAGUCGGGCGAGUUAGGCCCCAGGAACGACGUGUUCAGCUUCGGGGUGGUGUUGUUGGAGCUCGUCAGCUGCAGGAAGGCGAUGGACAUGGAGCGCGAUCCAUCCUCCAUCGUCUCGUGGGCUCUGCCGAUUCUGAGAGCAAACCGGCUUGCGGAGUUAUGCGACGGGAAAGUAGCGUUGCCGGGCCGCAUGAAGAGGCCAAUCCGUCGGAUGCUAAGCAUAGCCGAGAAGUGUGUCUCGGAGAAGGUGGAGGGGAGGCCUUUGAUGGGGGAGGUUGUGAGGGAGCUGCAAGGGGUGGUGGAAGACGUGAUGCCAUGGCCAAUCUUGGGUUCUGUGAGGAGCAAGGUCUCCGAGGGAGUCCAUAAAAGUGUUCGAGCUUGGAGAAGGUGGGUCGAGAAGAGGGUCAACACAGGGAAGAGUGUUGCGUGCAAGGAUUACCUGCUUGAUGAUGGUGGGGCUGAUGAGUGUGGUGAUGAUGCGCAUGGCAAGCGCUUGUUGAUGUUUUCAGCUGAGAAGUAGGUGCUCAUAGCUUGAUUCCAGCAGCAGCCUUCACACACACUGCAUGAGAAUGAGAGAGAGAGAGAGAGAGAGAGAGAGAGAGAGAGGAUAAAAGCCACCAGGCAGUAGGAGUUAGUUCUGAAGCAUUUCUGGUUAACGCAUAAAUACUAUGUACAUAUAUAGAUUUUAAGGUUUCGGUUAUUGAUAUGUAUACUUUAAUGUUAAAGCACAAAUACUAUGUAAAAUCAACAUAUUUAUCUAAUUUAAUGUUGAUGCUUUAAUAAUAAAUAGUUGCUGAUUUUUUU